CUAUAGAAUUUCAUCCUUUUAUAAAAAAAAUUAAUUAAAUCCUUUUAUAUAAAAAAAGAAAACCCAACUCCCCAACGCGUCACCCCUUCCCCCAACACCCCCUCAUUCGUGAAUGAAUCAGAAGCAAAGUUCAAAAAAUCCCCAAACAAAACCCUAGCUUCAACGGUUCUGCCGCCGUCCGGGGUCGUCUUCGCGCUCAGGAGCUUCCUUCUUCGCCUGGUUGUCGUGCUCCAAGUCUCCAACCCCUCUCCUUAUUCACCAGUCGCCAGCGUUCUCGUCCAGGGGUCCUGUUCGGCCGCUCUUCGUCCGUCGUCGCGGUCAUUGCCAGGUCGCCGUCGUUCGUCGCGUUCAACUGCUCUUCGGUCAUUGCCCUCACCGAAGAUUGGGAGAUUGCAGACUCGACACAGUAGUUUUGGUAAUGCCAUUUUCAGCAAGCUUUCAAUUUGUUUACGUAAUGCCCUAGAUAUUCUUUCACCACCCCAGAACCCUUCACCAUAACAGUUUCCCUCAUCUCGCUUCGGGUGCCCCGGGCCGGCCACCGCAAGUUCCCGGAAAACAUCCCCGUCAUCCUCCGCCUGACCGAGAACCUCCACCUCGGCCUCAUUGUUGUCUCCAGGUUCCUGCGCUACGGCUACCAUCCCUUUUCCUCAACGGCAGAGCCACCGGCCGCGUCGGUGACACAUUCACCUAACCUCUCCGGUCUUCGUUUCGGCUCCACCACCAGCAUUUCGAGCUUUUCUCUUUUCGAUGGGUCUUCUCAGCAUCAUUCGUAAGAUCAAAAGAAAAGAGAAGGAAAUGCGAAUUCUUAUGGUGGGAUUGGACAAUUCUGGGAAGACAACAAUCGUUUUGAAGAUUAACGGGGAGGAUACUAGCGUCAUUAGUCCUACUCUUGGCUUCAACAUCAAAACCAUCACCUACCAAAAGUACACCCUAAAUAUAUGGGAUGUCGGGGGCCAGAAAACAAUACGAUCUUAUUGGAGAAACUACUACGAGCAAACGGAUGGUUUGGUUUGGGUAGUUGACAGUUCAGAUCUAAGAAGGUUGGAUGAUUGCAAAAUGGAGCUCGAUAACCUCCUAAAGGAAGAGAGGCUAUCUGGAGCAUCCUUAUUGAUACUAGCAAAUAAACAGGACAUUAAAGGUGCCCUUACGCCUGAAGAGAUAGCCAAGGUGCUUAACUUGGAAGCCAUGGACAAAUCUCGUCAUUGGAAGAUAGUUGGCUGUAGUGCAUACACUGGCGAGGGUCUGCUUGAGGGUUUUGAUUGGUUAGUCCAGGACAUAGCCUCCAGAAUCUAUAUGCUUGAUUACUAAUUCAUGAAAUGGUUCAACCUUCCCUGAGCAUCCUUCUUUGGAAUAAACUGCCCAUUGCAUCAUUGAAACCUUCCAAGUUUUAAUAUAUUCAUUUUUUUUUCAUUUUUAUUACCUUGUCGUUGCUUUUCUGGCACUGUAAAAUUUUGAAGAAAUGUUAGAAUACUGUGGGAAGGUGUAUAAAACUGAAGUGGAAUGAUUAUGAUUUAUGAGUGCAUGCCCGAUAGCUUCAUGCAAAUGUGAAAGAUGAUAGAGAACUAGUGACAAUAAUAUGGGAGAUUAGUUAAGUGACAAAGUUAGAGUUUAAUAAUCUUUGAAUCAGGGUAGUAAAACUCAAUUUUUUUUUUUUUUUU